AUGACUCACGAACCAAUGCCAACAGCAGUAUCCUUGCCAAAUGAGAAAACCAUAUUUAUAUUUUUUUGGAUAUUUGGAUUAUUGAAUAAUGUUUUGUAUGUUGUGAUUUUAUCGGCUGCCAUCGAUAUAGUAGGUACAAAUACCCCUAAAUCUAUUGUGUUACUUGCAGAUAUCAUUCCAUCGUUAUCAAUCAAGUUACUCUCCCCCUUUUUCAUCCAUAAAAUAUCUUAUAAUGUUCGUGUUUCAAGUUUAAUUAUUAUUAGUAUCUCGGGGAUGUUUCUCAUUUCGAUGUCUUCCACUUCUCCUGCUUUACUAUGGUUCAGUCUACUUGGAAUUAUUUUGGCUAGCUUUUCAAGUGGGUUGGGAGAAGUUACUUUUUUACAACUAACAAACUAUUACUCAAGUGUAAGCUUAAAUGGUUGGAGCAGUGGUACUGGUGGUGCUGGAUUAUUAGGGAGUUUUGCUUAUCUAUUAUUUACUUCAAUUAUGCAUGUUUCAGUGACAAUAACAUUAUUACUUUUUAGUAUUUUGCCAUUGGGAUUUUUGAUUUAUUUUAAAUUGCCCUCGGUAUCCUUUACAAACUACCAUUCGACUGAUGUUAGUGGUGCAGAACAGAAUUCUGAUCACGAAAUAGAAAAUGUUGAUUUCCCACUACUUGUGGAACCUGAUUUACGAACUUCAGAAAAUGUUUAUAUGGACAUUUUUACAAUUAAUCAAUUGUACUCCCAUUUGAAGGAAACUUUAAUCAGACUGAAAAAGCUAAUUUUCCCAUAUAUGCUACCCUUAUCGUCAGUUUACUUUUUCGAAUAUUUGAUUAAUCAAGGGGUUUCUCCAACUUUAUUAUUUCCAAUUACCAAAGAAAAAUCACAUCACUUUUCCUUUUUCAACGAGUAUCGUGAUAUGUAUGUAACAUAUGGAACUUUAUAUCAACUAGGUGUUUUCAUUUCAAGAUCAAGUGGUCAGUUCUUCAGAAUAAAAAAGUUAUAUUUAUUGACUGUCCUACAAGGAAUAAAUCUAGUUAUAACAAUUAUACAAUCAUGGUACUAUCCACAACACCACAUCUUUCCUAUAUUAAUACUCGUCUUUUAUGAGGGAUUAUUGGGUGGAUCAUCAUACGUCAACACUUUUUUAAAUGUUACGGAGGAUUUUAAAACAUCAGAACAGAGAGAGUUUGCCCUUGGCGCAGUGUCCAUAUCUGACUCUUUUGGAACAAUGCUUGCUGCCUUUGCUGGUGUUUGGUUGGAACCAAAAUUAUGCAAGCACCAAGUCGAUAACGGUAGACCAUGGUGUUCAUUGUAG